UUCGGAGACGAAGGACUGCAGUUGAUAUGCGAGCACAUGCAGUCGUUAGAGGUUUUGAACCUGUGUGAAACACCCGUCACUGAUAAAGGACUGCUAUGUUUGACGGCUCUGAGAAACCUGAAGAAGUUAAAUCUUAACAGUACGAGCGUGUCGGCCACAACUCUUCAAAAUUUAAAAUCGAAACUACCGAACCUCAAAGACGUUGACGUUUGCUACACAGACGCUUGGUGA